CUGCAGAUGCUGAGGAGGAGAGAGAAGCAUUUGCUCCCAAUCCUAUCCACUUUUCCAACAAUUCUCACCCCUCCAACUAUUUAUAUUUCUCAAAGAGACGCCUCCGUCUCGCUCUUUCUUUCUCUCUCUCCACCGCUUCGCUUGUGCGUACGCUUCUCGCUUUCUCUCUCCUAGGGUUAGGGUUAGGGUUUGCGACCUCUCGAAACCACAAGAUGCGGGGCGACGACGAGCAAUCGAGGCUCAUCUACGAGCUCUGCGCCCUCCUCUUCACCAUGCUCCGCUACCCCCACCUCGCAGUGCCCUCGGCCCCCUCCUCGUCGUCCGCCGCGGCGGCGGGGGCGCCGCUCCCUCCGCAGCCGACGAGGAGGCCGCGGCCGCCGCAGGUAUCGGCGGCGGGGGUGGCGUCGCUGCUGCUCGGGGCGUCGCUCGCGCUGAUGCUGUGCGGGUCUGUGACGUUCGUGAUCGGAUUCAUACUCAUGCCCUGGGUCGUGGGACUCCUCAUGGUGUUCUACUUCGUCGGGAUCGUCUCCAAUCUCUCCGGGAUGGGGAGGGCGAUUCUUUGCCCUAACUCACCCUCCUCCCCCAAAGAAGUCUAAGGGCAGAUCUUCUCCAAACUUCCUACAACUUACAUGUCUGUGCAUACAAGGACUAGUAGCUUCCAAUGAAGCUUAAGGCGGCCCGAAUUUAUUAGCACGCCAGCAGUUUGCAUCUGCAUCAACUGAUACCCUCUCCUCUUACAGUUAACAUGGUGGUAGCCUUUCGGUUUGAUACUCUGUUUUGAAGGUCCUUGUAUUCUCUUCAUUGUAAGCUUUGUAAAUAUUGAAAUUAUCCUUCACGAAGGGUAAAAGUAAUCUGAACUUUACCCGUGUUGAUCCCCCUUGCCUUUUUUCUUGAUCGCAAUGCAAAUCGGUGUCUGAUUGUGCCCGGCUAUAUAAUUUGGGGGUAUCAUUUUGUUGUAUGUUGUGUUAAAAUCUAUAAAGUACGUGAUUCUCUCCA